UCUUACCAAAAACCGGAGACCACCAACCAAAGAGUUGAGGUCGACCGAGAGUGGUGGUGGUGGCUGCUGGUAGGUGAAGUGAGUUGGUGGCAUCUACCUCCCUUUUUCUUUUAAUCCCAAACACAUCACCCACUUUGUUCUCUAAUCUUUCCUUCACAUCUUCGCUGUCGAUUCAACUUCGGUUGUUGUGGGUGAGCCGAGAUUUUGUGAGCUCAAUUCAAUGGCUUCUUCGUCUCUCACAUCCAAACCCUUUCUGGGUUCUGCUUCAAGGACCGAACGGCUAUCUGGGUUGUGUUCUAAUCUUCGAAACCUGUCCUCCCCCUCCGUUCAGUUCGUGGUCCGGCCUCGGACCGCCAAGAAGCUCCAGGUGCAGGCAGCUGGGAGUACUUUUGGGAAUUACUUUCGUGUUACAACUUAUGGAGAGUCUCAUGGUGGUGGUGUUGGUUGUGUAAUUGAUGGGGUUCCUCCUCGGAGACCCUUAUCUGAAGCUGAUUUGCAAGCAGACCUUGACAGAAGGAGGCCAGGUCAGAGCCGAAUUACUACCCCUAGGAAGGAAACUGACACAUGCAAAAUACUUUCAGGAGUCCAUGAAGAUUCAGGAUUGACUACCGGGGCACCUAUUCAUGUCUUUGUACCCAAUACUGAUCAGAGAGGACGUGAUUAUGACGAAAUGUCGAUAGCUUAUAGGCCUUCACAUGCAGAUCUCACAUAUGACUUGAAGUACGGUAUCAGAUCAGUGCAGGGUGGUGGUAGAUCUUCAGCUAGAGAAACAAUUGGAAGAGUUGCUGCAGGAGCAGUUGCGAAAAAAAUCCUUAAGGACUUCUCAGGAACUGAGGUUUUUGCUUAUGUUUCACAAGUCCACAAGGUCGUACUCCCAGAAGACUUGGUUGAUCAUUACACUCUUUCACUUGAUCAGAUAGAGAGUAAUAUGGUUAGGUGUCCAGAUCCUGAAUAUGCAGAGAAGAUGAUUGCUGCUAUUGAUGCUGUUAGGGUGAGAGGGGAAUCCAUUGGUGGUGUUGUCACAUGCAUAAUUAGAAAUUGCCCGCGGGGUCUUGGUUCGCCUGUUUUUGACAAACUUGAAGCUGAACUAGCUAAAGCUUGCAUGUCAUUACCUGCAACAAAAGGAUUUGAAUUCGGAAGCGGGUUUGCAGGUACCUUUUUAACCGGGAGUGAACAUAAUGAUGAGUUCUAUGUGGAUGAACAAGGACGAGUCAGGACAAGGACAAAUCGCUCUGGUGGGACACAAGGAGGAAUAUCUAAUGGGGAAAUCAUAAACAUGAGAAUAGCUUUCAAGCCAACAGCUACAAUUGCUAAGAAGCAGAAUACGGUGACUAGAGAUAAGCAUGAGACUGAACUAAUAGCCCGUGGUCGCCAUGAUCCUUGUGUUGUCCCGCGAGCGGUUCCAAUGGUGGAGGCUGGAGUGGCACUAGUGCUCGUGGAUCAGUUAAUGGCUCAAUAUGCACAAUGCCAUCUUUUUCCUUACAAUCCGGAUGUACAAGAACCUCUCUCCAAAGUGAACCCCCUUCCAACUAUGUCUUUGUCAUAGUUUCGUUUUCAAUCUCUUGGAUUUUUGAUGUCAUGAACCAUGGUGAUUCUAAACUUCUCUAGGAUUGCAUUCACUUGAGGACUGCUAUCCCAUGGAGGAUUAAGGCUCUAGUUCAAGAUAUCAACAGGUUUGCUGCUCAAUUUCAUUCUGUUGUGUUUCGACACAUCUACCGAGAAGCUAAUUUUGUGGUAGAUAGGCUUGCUGAUUUGGCUCACUAUGCCCUAGUCUUUCUAUUUGGUUUUUCUGCCUUUCCCCUGUUUGUGUUCCCAGUGUUCCAUUUGGAUUAGCUGGGCAAGGGCGUUCCGAGAGGUUUCGUAUUGGUUCCUGUUGUUCUUUCUGCAUAAAAAUAAUAAUAAUAAUAAAUUUCAAAUAUGUUCAUUCUAAAGUAGUGAAUGAUCACUGUUCCGGUGUAGUACUGUUGGUUUGAAAUCA